UAUACAUGCCUUAAUUAUCCAAGCAAAUUCAAUACGGACUUGUUGCAGCUUUCGCGUAAGAGCUUAUUCAUCUAUAUUUAGAGUUGGUUUGGGUACACUCAAAGUUGCUUAACGACCAUUUGAAACAUGCAUUGGAUAUGUUCUCUCUUUAGGAUCUAUUGUGUAUUUGAUUUCUCUAUGCAAGUAUCUUAUUAGGUUGGGACAAGUUACCAUUUAAUUAAACUAAUUCAACUGAUGGUGAGGAAUUAACAAAGGAUGAAUUAUACGAAAGAAGAAGAUUAUUAAAGGAAGAAAAGAAACGAUAAAAAUAACUUGAAGCUCAAGAAUUGAAGAAAUAAUAAAGAUCCUAAUGUUCUGAAUCUCCAGAUAAAAAGUCACCAGAAAGAGCUUCCUCUCCAUCAGAAAGUGAAGGAGAAAAAAAAAAAGUUUAGGAAACUAAAAACAAUUCAAAAUAAUAAUAACAAUAAAAUAAUGUUAAUUAAUAAUAAAACAAAAAAUCAAAUAAAUAAUAACCAUAAUAAUAACAAUAACAAUAAUAAUAAUAAUAACAAUAGAAUAAAAACUAAUAAACUAAAGAAAAAGGAAAAUAAACAUAAGAAAAAUAAAAACCAUAACCCUAGCAUGUUGAAGAUGAUGAUGAAGGAUGGGAAGAAGUCUAAGAUCCAAGAAAAAAUAAAAAAGCCAGCCUUUUGAAAUAAUAAUAAUAGGCUGAAGCUUAAAAAUAAGCCGAAGCUAAGGCUGCUGCUGCUGCAAAAGCUGCUGAAGAUGCAAGAAUUGCUGCAGAACUUGCUAUUAAGGCUGCAGAAGAACUUGCUCAAGCUGCCAAAUAAUAAAAAGGGUAUUUUAUUUAAUUUAUUUUCUAUAGAUCUAAAGGUAAAAAUACUAAUGCUAAAUAACAAAAACGUGAAGAUGAAGAAGAUGGAGAGUAAUUAUUUAUAACAUAUCAUUAGUGAUGAUGGUUGGGUUAAAGUUGAUUCUCCAAACAAGAAAUAAAAAGGAGGAAAGAAAAACAAAUGAGGUUUUUUUUUAUGCAUAAUUAUAAG